AAUGCAGCUUCACGUGCUUCCGGUUUAUCGAACGGACCGGUUAAGAUAGGUUGGUUAGGAACAUUAAUGGUAUAAAGUGAUUUUGAUUUUAUUACUAUAGAAAAAAAGAUUUAACAAUUACUUGUAAAAAUGAGUUCAUUUAUAUCCGAGUCUUUAUCAGAUAAAGAAAAAAAUGAUCUUAUGCAACAAAUCAAACAAGAAGUUGCAAUUGCAACUACACAUGAGUUGCUCUCGAAAAUGACAGAAAAGUGCUUUAAAAAGUGUAUAGUCAAACCUGGCAUCUCGCUGGAUAGUUCCGAACAGAAAUGUGUAGCAAUGUGUAUGGACCGAUAUAUGGAAACAUAUAAUCUUGUAUUAAAAACGUAUAGUUCUAGAGUACAAAGAGAAUUUAAUAAAAUGUAACAGUGUAUAAUUCUUAAAUAAAUUGUUUUUGGUUGUA